GAUUAUUUCGACACAAAAAAAAAUACGACACCCCUACUCUUUGGAACCGAAGCACAAUCAGGAUCAGCGUCAGUGUUGUUUGGUAUUCGACAGUUUCCGUGAUCGCACCUUCAUUUUCGUUGAUAUUUUCUCUAAUUUGUGAUAAAUAUUCCCUAUCCCAAACAAUGGGUGUUACCAUCCUGCAACCGUACCCCGUGGAGAACAAAUCGGGCGCGCAAACAAUCGAAUUCCUGGUGAAGCGCGUCCUGGCGCUGGGAGCCGUCCAGGUCGGUCACUUUCUGGUGGACUGCGAAACGUACACCUCCAUUCCGCAGAUCGGCGCCACCAAAACCGUCCACAUCCUGCACAACUCCGAGCAGCCGGCUUCGGUGUUUUCCAUCCUGGACACCGGCGCCAAGCAGAUCCCGCUGGUUACGGACGGGCUGUUCGAUUUGCUGAUGACGCGCAUUUCGCCGGUUUACACCUCGAAAAAGCAAACCAAGAUCGAAUCCAAAGGGCCACGGUUCGAGUUCGGGGACUUCCUGAUCAAACUGGGAAGCGUAACCAUGAGUCAGAACUUCAAGGGUGUGCUGGUCGAGGUGGAGUACCGACCCUGCCUGGUGGCGUCCAGUUGCUGGGAGCUGAUGCGAGAGUUCCUCCAGGGCUUUUUGGGCUCGAACGUCUCCAACACGAUUCCGGCUUACUUUGCACAAAGGAUCAAUAUCAAUACCAACCAUACGAAGGCAAACGACAUCUACCAGCCGAUCGACACCAUCAAUCAGUAUCUGGAGCAUUUCACCAACUAUCGGAAACAGACUACACCGGUUGUGGCGCCGAGAGGUUAAGCUUAGGUUACGGUAAGUUAGUUCUUAUUUUUUAUGAAUAAGUUUUUUUGUCAGAAUAAUAAUAAGCGUCUUCCCUGACGUCCAUGGUA